UUCCGUUUUUCGCUCGCCAUAUCGUCACAAGUCGCAACUCACUCGUCGCGCAGUGAUCCAUCAUCAAUCUGUUUUGUAAUGUUUUUAUCGGCCAUAAAUAUGUGACAGUAAGCCAGGAUAAUCACGAGGGCGGGUUCCGCAGAAUAUGGGCCUAAAAGCAGCUGUGCAGGCCCUCAAGAAAGCUGAACCACUAAAAGAUAAGGUACAACGAUGUAAAGAUAUUCUAAACGACAAUGACGCAUGGCUAUGCCAGCAGCAACUGCGAAAGAUUUACCAGCAAGUUCUCAUCCUGGACCUCGAAUAUGCUCUCGAUCGCAAGGUGGAGCAAGAACUUUGGAAUCUUGGAUUUAAGAAUUACAUAGCAAUGCUCCAGUCCCAGGCAAAAGAUCGAAAAAAUCCUAAACGAGGAGAGUCCCAGGCGAUGCUCAGCUGGUGUCUCGAAGCAGCCAGUGGAUUUUAUUUAACUCUUCUCCAAGAAAUAUGCACUGCUUUCGACCUGGACUUGCCCUUCAGAAGGAAGGGAUACGUUUACGGUUGCACUUCACCCUGGAAAGCAGUUGAAAAACUCUCAGCGCCCCACAAAUCCUCCUGUUUUUACGCCUGUCAAUAUUGUCUCGUCCACCUGGGUGACAUUGCCCGCUACCGGAACCAAAAUAAGCAGGCCGAAUUGUUCUACCGUCACGCAGUCUCACUAUCCCCAUCAAGCGGCCAGCCCUACAAUCAAUUAGCUCUUCUCGAGGCCUCACGAGGGGAUAAAUUAGGCACCGUUUUCCAUUACGCACGCUCCAUCGCCCUAAAACAUCCAUUUCCAGUUGCAACGACCAAUCUUGCAAAAACUCUCGCUUCGGCUCUCAACGACAACUCGUUCAACAUCGAGGGAAAGACAAAACUCACCUCCCAAGAGUAUCUCAUUGUCUUUCUAAAAUUACACGCGAUCCUUCACAAUUUAGGAAAUUUAAGCUUGGCAACAAAGUACUCGAAAUUGCUAACUGAAACCCUGACUGCACUGAUCGCGACUGAGAGUUUUGGCUCCUGGAGGCUUGUACAAAUGCUGGUUAUCAAUUUAUAUGCGUUGCAACACGCGGCUGGAACUUCCCCCGAGAAUCCGGACUUGUUGAGAGUCGAUCAGCUGAGUUUGGACGAGAAAUUUGCGAGAGAAUGUAUAUUGGAUCUUAUUGCUGGCAGUUUGUCAGCCCUGCUACUACCGGUUUACACGAUCAAAAACGCCAUCGUGGACUACUUUGCUUUACCAACUAUCAAACUGUGCCUUGACUGGAUUCGCCUGAAACCCACAGUAUUGGAGGAAGCAGCGUUCGCUUCCAGGCUUCAAAUUUGGCCGAGUCUCUGUGUUUUAUUAAACGGUUUACAAACCUGCGUAUCAGAUUUCAAAUACGAUCAAUAUACUAAAGUACCGCUGCCUGAAGAUCGCGAUCUUCAAGGUUUUCUACCCCUCGAAAAAAGCUUCGAAGCACUUCGAUUCACAAAUACAGACCUAGAGGGCGACACCGUCGCUCUAAAUAAAUUAAGAGCUGUUCGAAUUUUGCAAUCGGGUCGUCAAAUUGCACAAUAUCAAGUGAAUGGCACCGCCUUGAUUACGAUCGAAGGUGAGAAAAUCGAUGAACAGAAAUUCAAUCCCAUGAGCGAAGGAGUCGGGCCCAGCAACGAAUUGAUGAGAGAAUUAGAGGAACUUAGUCUGAAUAAAGAAAAGCAGCCUGUCAUUGCUAAUAGUCCAGUUCCUUCAGAGUCUGCCAGCAGCAAAGGCUCUUCGGAAACAGACGUCCCCGAGAUUUCAAUCGAGAAGAGAGUUGGUAUUCUGAAACCACAAGGUUCGCUCGAAAGAAGCCGGGACACUGUCGUAAAUACAACAGACAUCAGCAUCGUAGAAUCGCAUUCAACGCCCUUGACUCGGAAACCAAGGCAAAAUGUUGCCAUGCAAGCAAUAAUGAGGCGAGCCGAAACUGAACAGAAACAAGUGACCUUCAAAAAUAUUUCCCCGGUAAUUACAGACGAGGAGUCCAAAAAAACGAAACCAGGAACUCAGAUUACAAUCGUCGGGAGUAAAACUGCCCAAGCUGGAUCGAUCAACACGAAUCAAAGUUCUCAAAUUACAGUUCAAAAUCGUCCAGCACCCGUUCCGGUUCCGAAUCAAAACGCUGUUCAGAAUCAGAAGGGUAAAAGUCAAACCCUUCAGCAAAAUCAGAUUCCACCUCAGCAGAUUCAAUCCCAAUCGCAAAAUCAGCCUCAACUGCAGAAACCAGCCCAAUUGCAGAAUCCAUCUCAAUUGCAAAUUCAGCCACAAUCGCAAAUUCAACAACUUCAAUCUCAAUCCCAGGUCCUUCCCUCGCCACCAAUCAAUCAGCAAUUUUCUCCAUCAGAGCAGAGAAAUCAGGGAAUAUCUCAGUUCCAGUUGCCUCUAAAUUGCUUCCAAAAUCAGUCCUUCAACGUUCAGAAUCCAAUUUUUAGUAAAAAUUUCAUCGCAAAUCAAAUUCCGGACUUGGCAUCCUAUCAAAUCCAAGGACAAUAUCAACAGAGUCUCAAUCCAACUAGAUUACACCAAAGAGGAAAUCCUGGAAUUGGCCAGAAUUCGGUGAUGCAGCAGCAGCAGCAGCAAGGCUUGAAUCUGAACUCGAACCAGCAAAAUAUCCAGAAUCUUCAGAAUCUGACCCAGAAUAUCCAGAAUUUGACUCAGCAGAAUAUUCAGCGUUUGACUCAGAAUGUGGGUUUGCAGUCAACAACCAAUCCAAAUUUGCAGCAGUCUAUUGGCAUUCAACAAUCCGCCAAUUUGGGAAUUCAUCAGCAAAAUAUGAUUCAGAGUGAUCCAAGGAACAACGGACUGAAUAUUCCGAAUCAAUUGAAUAUGCCCGUUUCGGGAAUCGCAAAUUCCAUGCUCAACAGUUUGAAUUUAACCGGAUAUCAGAAGAAUAUUCAGCAGGGAGGAGGACCUUUGCCGAAUGCGUCAUCGAGUUCUUCUGAUGUCGCGAAUCUGCAGAUGGGAUUUACUCCCAAUUUUGGACAGAAUAGCUUGAAUCAAAUGACGCAGAAGCAAGUCACUUCAUCGGCUGCUUAUGCCAAGAAUCCCGGACAGUUUCCUCUGCCGAAUCCAGUGGCGAGUUUGACCAAAGGCCAGCAGGGAAUUAAUAGCUAUCCUUUAUUCCAUGGAUACGAGAAUCAGGAUUUUAAUCCGUGGAAGGAGCCACAGCCGCCGCAGCCGCCGCUCGCUUGGUGGGGAACUCCUGGACAAGCGCAGAUGAUGCACGGGAAGGAGAGCACGAGCACGGAUGCCUUUCAGAAUUGGGCGAACUCGCCUAGUCCGGGAAAUAUGAUUGGGAGAGUUCCUCUACCACCGGGGAACAAUUAUACCCAGAAUCCGUAUCAUGGUAGGCAUUAUAACGCGAGGAGCAAUCUUGAAGAGGCAAGGCCUUUUGAGGUUGAUCAGAAGCAGCAACAGCAGCAGCAACAGCAGCAGCAGCAGACAAUCAGCACAGGAAAUACAUAUUCUUUGUUUAGCGGCAACACCUGGGGCGCAGGCGGACAAACUCCAGGUCUCUCAAGUCAAGACCAAAUGAAGACCCGACUCAAUCAGCAAUCUUUGUGGUCCGGACCCGGACCCUCACCCCUCGAGCGUCUCCUGGAACAGCAAAAGUCCCUGCGCGAAGGCGGCACUUGAAGGAAAACGAGGUUCAUCUGUCGGUGACACAAAAGGGGAUCCUGUUUCUAAUUACCCAACACGCGGGACGGGUAAAGGCUAAAAAAAAGCAAUCGUUAAACUACCGAGAAGCAAUUAUACACUGGAAAUUAAUCGCAUAGCGAAGCGUAAAUUUAUAGAGAGUUUGUAGAGAAAAAAGCGUAGGCCAACGUAAGAAGAGAGUAGGUGAAAUCCGUUUGUUUAAAAAGGAUUGUAUCACUUCACUAUUAACUCUUGGAAUAUUAACUAUGCAUUUGGUCGAGAACAGCACUGAGUUUGAAAACUCCAGCAGUGUGCAUCAGAGGAAAAGCGAGCGAGGAAGCCAGAAAGGUUGGAAUUAAGACAUUUAUACUGAUAUAUAAGGUCGGCGGAAAUCGCAACGAGAAACGAAAACGAGUAUAGUCGAGAGUCGUCGUCGUCGUUUAAGUUUAAGUUUAAGGAGAAAAAAUCAAGCGAGAGCCAGAUUUUUUUUAUCAGUAUACGUCAUCACCUCUGUUAAAAUAUUUACGUACGAGUGUAGUUAAAUUAUUGUUUGUAUUAUUGACCAGAUUGAUUCGCAUUUCCGACACGAAGGUUCCUAGUUUCGUUUCGUUCCCAAUUUUCGUUAGGAGUCUAAUCUAAUCGAGGCCGUGGUCUCUUUUCAACUGCACAUUUUCUUAUAUCGCAAGUAGGCACUAGUAUCAUGUCGAGGGAGGAUAAUUAUUCAGAAUUGUGCGGAAAGUGAAGCUCUUUUCUUAUUAGCACCCUCGGAAAGUCGCUCGGCGACGAUUCGAUUUUCACGUUAAGUAGAUUUUAUAAAUGAAGAGGAAAGUGUGAAACAGCUGGGGACAGAGGGAGGGAAAGAGAGCCUUAGUCCAUUGUGAAUUAGUUAGUGCAGCAACUGUCCGCGGCUUCGAUGAUAGUCGGUAGAAACGACGUAGCGACAUAACCAUUAUGUUUAAAGUAACAAAAUUCAUAGUUAUAUUCGAUUACAGGCAAAUACACGAUGUUGAAACUGA